AUGCUGUCCAAGACUUUUGGUCUAUUCAAGCAUAAAUCAUGUUCCGAAGUUUUCAUCUCAUCAAAAAGUAAUUUGAAUCAUGUCAUCAUCAUGGCAGGAGAGUGUAUGAAAAGUACUUGUAGGAAUAGAAAUUUUCAUCAAGAAAUUCAUCAAUCAAAACCAACGCCAACUAUUUCUGUGGACACCUCGAAAAUUCGACCAAAUAAUGAUUAUUCCGCAACAUCUUCAAAGGACACAAAGUCUCGUACUCAAACUCCGUAUCCCCUCAUUGAUUUACCUUUGCACAUAUCGGAACAAUACAAUCUUCCAGCAGAUAUUGCAAACGCAAUUUUAUACAAACUCAAUUCCUAUCAAAGAAAACAUGAUGUAAAGAUUAUACAUUGUGUUGAAACAGGGAGCAGAAGUUAUGGGUACAAUUGUGAUGCAACAUCGGAUUUUGAUAUUAGACUAAUUUUUGUGGGUAGGACUCUCGAUUAUUUAAAAUUGAGAAAUAAUUUUCCAGAAUUUCGAUCCAGUAAAAACGAACGAAUACCAGAGGCGUUGCAGCAUAUAUUCAGAUGCAAUUCGAAUUCUGUGAGGAGUAUAGAUAUUGUUGGAUGGGAACUUAGAAAGGCACUAGUCAUGACACGAAAAGCAAAUCCAUCAAUAAUAGAUGUGUUAGCAUCAAACAAGGUUCUUGCCGUUCAAACAUCCUUGCUUGAUAAAUGGAAGUCUAUUGCUGCUCAAGUGAUUCACAACCGACCUCACCCAUUCGCCUAUUCCAAGCUCUCAACCGCAAAAAAGAACUAUUUGACAUUGACUCAAGCAAAUGACAGCAAAAGUUUGGAUGUCAAGAAAACCCUCAUGAUCAUUCAUCUCAUAAUGAAUGUGAAUAUUCUAGAAUGGAUGUAUCUAAUCAAUUCCACUCAGACGAAUGUAGUUCAUCCACUCGACGAUUUAGCAGGAGUUAAUUUUCAUGACAUAUUUAGUAAAUUGAGGAGAUGGAGAACACUAGAAAUUGAAAAAGAAAUUGAAGAACUGGUAGCUUUGAGGCAACAAGCUCCUUCAACCCCUUUGUCUUCCAUGCUUUCUGGAAAGCGCAUUGAUUCAUGGAUUCAGUACGAAUUGGCACGUCUUGAAAUUGUUGCCAAUCAACUUCGAGAAUGCUUCACACACGAUGAGCAACCGAUUGUCAAUGCUCUUGACACUCUUUUCUUGGAAAUUUUAGCUGAAUCAGAACCAUCCCCUCAAUUGGGAACGUCAUUGAAAUAA